ACCCUCUCUGGGCCGAGCCUAUAAACAGACAGGCUUUAUAAACACUGCUACUCUUCUCUCUCUCACACAAUCACUGUCGAGGAGAUCCAGUGCGGUUGCAUGGAAAUGGACAGCGAGAUAGAAAGUGGUAGGAAGAGACGAGUCAACAGCAAAGAUGAUCUGAUAGCUGAUGUUGGUUCAGGGAGCCUAGGUUGCUGUGGCUGGCUCAUUGUGAUCCUGUCCGGACUGUGCGUCUUCUCCCUGUUCCCCUUCACCAUCUGGUUCUGUAUAAAGAUAGUUCAGGAGUAUGAACGUGCUGUCAUCUUCAGGCUGGGCCGUAUUACAGACCGGAAUGCUAAGGGACCAGGUAUCUUUUUUGUGCUGCCAUGCACAGACUCCUUCGUGAAGGUGGACCUGAGAACCGUGUCAUUCGACAUUCCUCCACAGGAGAUCCUGACUAAGGACUCCGUGACAGUGUGUGUUGAUGGGGUGGUGUACUUCCGGGUGAGUGACCCCAUCUCCUCGGUGGCCAACGUGUCCAACGCAGACUUCUCCACCCGUCUCCUGGCCCAGACCACCCUGAGAAACGUCCUGGGAACCAAGAACCUGGCAGAGCUGUUAUCAGACCGCGAGGGCAUCUCACACAGUAUGCAGGCCAGUCUGGACGAGGCUACUGACCCGUGGGGUAUCAAGGUGGAGCGUGUGGAGAUCAAGGAUGUGAAGCUGCCCCACCAGCUACAGAGAGCCAUGGCUGCAGAGGCAGAGGCCACCCGGGAGGCCAGAGCGAAGGUGAUAGCGGCGGAGGGGGAGAUGAACGCCUCUCGGGCCCUGAAGGAGGCGUCUCUAGUGAUCGCUGAGUCUCCAUCAGGCCUCCAGCUGAGAUACCUCCAGACCCUCACCACCAUCGCUGCGGAGAAGAACUCCACCAUCAUCUUCCCUCUGCCCAUGGACGUCAUCAGUCACUUCAUGAAAAAGUGAUGUCAUCAAAACUCGCCACCCGCCACUCCUGUCUAAUGUAACCAUUCAAUCAGUUUGUUUAGUUGAUUCAGGUGAUUUGAAAGAAGAAGAAAAAAGUUUCAUUUAUUUUUUGCGAGGAUUGUUUCAGAUUUCAGGAUCAGAUGGGAAUGAAACACAACCCAAUAACCUUUUAGGGAAUGUCUAUCUGAGUGGCGAAGACCUUCAUUUGUCUGUUAUGGUGGAAAUUGAAAACCAUUUAAAUGUCUUUCUGGUGUGUUAAAAAAUAUUUAAAAAAUAUGUUUGAAAUACACUGUUAUAUUGAUAAUUUAUUGGAUAUUAUAAACUGUGUGGUUCAAGCCCUGAAUGCUGAUUGGCUGACAGCCAUAGUAUAUCAGAUCGUAUUUCACGGGUAUGACAAAAUAUACAUUUUUACUCCUCUAAUUACGUUGGUAACCAGUUUAUAAUAGAAAUAAGGCACCUCAGAGGUUUGUUAUAUAUGGCCAAUAUACCACGGCUACGGGCUGUGUCCAGGCACUCCGCGUUUAAUCGUACCCAAGAACAGCCCUUAGUCGUGGUAUAUUGGCCAUAUAUCACACCAUAUAUCACACCCCUCGGGCCUUAUUGUUUAAUUGAACUUUAUUUUUGUAAUCUUUAUAUUUUGAUAUUCUUCAAUAGAAUUACAAUUCAGAAAUCAUGCAUGUACACUGAACGAAAAUAUAAACGCAGCAUGUA